GGAGGUGCUGGCAUAUAUCGGUACUACAAAUACUGGAUUAUGUUAAAAAGAAGAGAUGUAUAGAGCAUUUGUAUGGUUGGCCCAGGGCAAAGAGUGUGUUUUAAUAGAGUGAGCCAGGGGAACUGAAGACAACCAAGGCAGGGCAUGUGUGCUGGGUGUCAUGGAUGACACUGCCAGCUCCAACACCUCUGUGGAAGACAGAACUGACUUUGGUGAAAAUCCCACCACUGAUGCCCUAUCAGAGGGAUUCCUAAACUCACUGAAGCCAGUAAUUGAUAGGAUAGACACUGGAGUUAAAGAAACACAAGACAGCCAGGAGGCUUUGGCCGCACUGCUUGAGUCGAUCGCCGAAGACUUUGCAAAGCUGGCGUCUGUGGCGCCAUCUCCGGUAGACAUCGAGGAGCACGUGAAGCGUCUGCACAGCGUCAAGCGACGCGUGGCUGUGACCAACAGCACCCUGCAGUCUGUUCAGGACCGACUGGCCCGGAUACGCAGCCAGGUUGCGCGUCAGAAGGCGGCUGCCCCUCCGCCGCCGGCGGCAGCAGCACCGCAGUGAGCCUCACCAUGCAGACACCCGACAUGUCGCACCUGACGGCCGCCGACUACGACCGCGUGUACGAACCGGCCGAGGACAGCUUCCUGCUGCUGGACGCGCUGGAGGCCGA